GUGUAUUGAUUAUAUUAUUAAUAAAAAGCCAAACCACCCCCUAAUCAUGGUCCUAAUUUCCAAAGAACACAAGAGAGCUGUCUACGAAUACCUCAUCGGAGAAGGAGUCAUCGUCGUUAAGAAAGAUGCUUACCUUCCAAAGCAUCAACAUAUCCCAUCUGUUCCAAACAUUGUUGUCAUGAUGGUCGUCAAAUCAUUGAAAUCAAGGAGAUAUUUAAAGGGAACCUUCUCUUGGCAAUGGAGUUAUUACAUGCUCAACAAUGCUGGAGUUAAAUACAUCUGUAAAUAUCUCGGACUCCCAGAAGACGUUGUCCCAGCUACCUACAAAAAGGUCAAAAUGGCCAGAUCCAACCUUGAUGACAAGAAAGAAGACAAAGAAGAACCAACCAAGACUAAGGAGGAAGAGCCAGCCCCAGCUGAAGUCCGUGAUUAAAACCCUGAGAUUAAUGUUUAUGGAGUAAUAAACUCAAAUGGUAAUUUUAACGUAAC